AUGUCUGACGCGGAUUUCGAGACAAUCAAGAAGCUGCAGCAGGAGCGCAAUGCUGCUUCUGCCGCUAAGAAGGGAACGCGUUCCUCGACUCAGCGGACGGACUCGACCAAGCAAAAGCUGACUGACAGCGCCGACAAUGAUCUAUACGAUAAUGAUGGUGGGGACAAAUUCUCGGGCUAUCACACCAGCCUUCCUAUGGCCGACGAUGACGACGAUAUGGACGGCGUCGAUACUACGCGACGCCUUGUUGGCCAGUAUACCGCUUCGAAUGAAAUCAUCAACGAAUUCGCACGAGGAGACGGCGUCGAAGAGGACGAUAUCCUGGCUGGCAAAGGCGAAAAAAGCGGCCGCAUUGCCGACCGCGAAACCGAUUACCAAAAGCGCCGCUUCAAUCGUGUGUUGACCCCGACUCGCGCCGAUCCAUUUGCCGAGAAUCGACAGGCUGGCGCAGCCGAGAAUGGUACCAAUUAUCGCGAGAUUAUGGAAGAGCGUGAACUUGAACGCGAAGAAGAGCGAGUGCGACGCGAAAUUCAAUUAAAACAGGAAUCCGGCAACGCCAAUGCGCAGCCCGCCCUGACCGAGGGUGACAAGGAGAACACAGAGGCUGGAUCUACGGAGGCCGUCGCCGCAGGUCGCAAGCGGAAGAAGAGGUGGGAUAUUGGCGCAAAUGAUGAAGCUUCAGCGGAGGAGACUGCCAAACCAAAGCGCUCUCGCUGGGAUCAGGCACCUGCUGUUGGCGUCCCUGUUGAAGGUGAUGCUCCCAAGAAGCGCUCUCGUUGGGAUCAGGCCCCUUCCGCUACACCCAUGACCAAUACAGGCCUUGCUACACCUGCACCUCAGUCUCAGUCUGCCAUGAUACCCGCAACCUUCGGAAGCGACAUUCGCAAUCUGCCUAUCAGCGACGAGGAGCUGGACCUGCUGCUGCCCGGUGAAGAUGACGGAUAUAAAAUCCUCCAGCCACCUCCAGGAUAUGAGCCUAUCCGUGUGGCACCUCACAAGAUGGUUGCGCCAGUCGAGCAGAGCGGAUUCAUGAUGCAGGACCCAGAUCAGGUUCGUCUCGGGGGCAAGCCGAUGUCCGCCGAGAUUCCUGGUGUUGGAGAUUUGCAAUUUUUCAAGGCUGAAGAUAUGGCAUACUUUGGCAAGCUGACCGAUGGCUCAGACGAAAACUCGCUGUCGGUUGAGCAGCUCAAGGAGAGGAAAAUUAUGCGCCUGCUGCUCAAGAUCAAAAACGGCACACCACCCAUGCGCAAGACAGCCCUCCGUCAGAUCACAGACAAUGCAAGAAACUUUGGUCCCGGUCCUCUGUUCGACCAGAUUCUGCCCCUCCUCAUGGAAAAGACACUUGAAGACCAAGAGCGCCAUUUGCUUGUCAAGGUCAUUGACCGCAUCCUUUACAAACUUGAUGACCUCGUGCGGCCAUACGUGCACAAGAUCUUAGUCGUCAUCGAGCCACUGCUCAUUGACCAGGACUACUACGCCCGAGUUGAGGGUCGCGAGAUCAUCUCAAAUCUGUCCAAGGCUGCAGGCCUAGCAACCAUGAUUAGUACCAUGCGACCUGAUAUAGAUCACGUCGACGAGUACGUCCGCAAUACCACUGCCAGAGCCUUUGCCGUGGUUGCUUCUGCACUCGGCAUCCCCGCACUUCUCCCAUUCCUCCGCGCCGUUUGUCGAAGCAAGAAGUCCUGGCAAGCGCGUCACACUGGUGUCAAGAUUGUUCAGCAGAUUCCUAUUCUCAUGGGAUGUGCUGUUCUCCCACAUCUUAAGGGGCUUGUGGAUUGUAUUGGCCCCAACCUGAAUGACGAGCAGACCAAGGUUAGAACAGUGACCAGUCUGGCCAUUGCUGCUCUUGCUGAGGCUUCGAACCCAUACGGUAUUGAGAGCUUCGACGAUAUUUUGAACCCCCUCUGGACCGGUGCGCGCAAGCAGAGAGGUAAGGGAUUGGCUGGUUUUCUCAAAGCGGUCGGAUUCAUUAUUCCUCUGAUGGACGAAGAGUAUGCCAACUACUAUACCAGUCAGAUCAUGGAAAUUCUUCUGAGAGAAUUCUCCUCACCCGAUGAGGAGAUGAAGAAGGUCGUUCUCAAAGUCGUGUCUCAGUGCGCUGCUACCCAGGGUGUUACCGCUGGUUAUCUCAAGGAGCACGUUCUGGAUGAAUUCUUCAAGAGCUUCUGGGUGAGGCGUAUGGCCCUCGAUAAACGCAACUACCGUCAAGUUGUCGAGACAACUGUUGAUAUUGGUCAGAAGGUUGGCGUCAGCGAGAUUAUCGAGAGAAUUGUCAACAACCUCAAGGACGAGAGUGAAGCCUACAGAAAGAUGACCGUCGAGACUGUCGAGAAGGUUGUUGCCAGUCUCGGGGCUGCAGAUAUCGGAGAGCGACUCGAGGAGCGCUUGAUUGACGGCAUUUUACAUGCCUUCCAGGAGCAGAGCGUUGAGGACAUUGUCAUGCUAAACGGCUUUGGCUCAGUCGUCAAUGCACUCAGUACUCGUUGCAAGCCAUACCUGCCCCAGAUCGUCAGCACCAUCCUAUGGAGAUUGAACAAUAAGUCGGCCACUGUCCGACAGCAGGCGGCGGAUCUCAUUUCACGCAUCGCCAUGGUCAUGCAACAAUGUGGUGAGGAUGCCCUUAUGGGCAAGCUCGGCGUUGUGCUCUACGAAUACCUCGGUGAAGAGUAUCCUGAAGUACUGGGAUCAAUUCUUGGUGCUCUACGUUCCAUCGUUACGGUUGUUGGUAUCACGCAAAUGCAGCCUCCUAUCAAGGACUUGCUGCCACGCCUGACGCCGAUUCUGCGAAACAGACACGAAAAGGUCCAAGAGAACACCAUUGACCUGGUUGGACGUAUCGCUGAUCGUGGUCCGGAGAGUGUGAAUGCCCGAGAGUGGAUGCGCAUCUGCUUCGAGCUUCUGGACAUGCUCAAGGCUCACAAGAAGGGCAUCCGCCGCGCCGCAAAUAAUACCUUUGGUUUCAUUGCCAAGGCUAUUGGUCCCCAGGACGUGUUGGCGACUCUGCUGAACAACCUGAGAGUCCAGGAACGUCAGUCGCGCGUCAACACGGCUGUCGCUAUUGGUAUUGUUGCAGAGACCUGCGCGCCCUUUACUGUUCUGCCCGCUUUGAUGAACGAAUAUCGCGUACCAGAGCUCAAUGUACAAAACGGUGUGCUCAAGUCUCUGUCCUUUUUGUUUGAGUAUAUUGGAGAGAUGGCCAAGGAUUAUGUCUACGCCGUCACACCGCUCCUCGAAGAUGCCUUGACAGACCGUGAUCAAGUUCAUCGUCAGACCGCCGCUGCCGUUGUCAAGCACAUUGCUCUCGGCGUCAUGGGACUCGGAUGCGAAGAUGCCAUGGUGCAUCUGCUGAACCUGCUGUACCCGAAUCUCUUUGAGACCAGCCCGCACGUCAUUGACCGGAUCAUCGAGGCUAUCGAAGCCAUUCGUAUGGCAGCAGGCCCCGGCAUCGUUCUCAACUACGUCUGGGCAGGAUUGUUCCACCCAGCACGCAAGGUGCGCACGCCGUACUGGCGUCUGUACAAUGAUGCCUAUGUCCAGGCAGCUGACGCCAUGGUGCCCUACUACCCAAACCUGGAGGAUGAUAAGAUUGAUCGUCCCGAACUUGCUAUUCUUUUGUAA